CUCUAAAUUUAGAACCGCCUCCUUUAACAGAUUUCAAUAAUACCCAAGUCCACGUCAUUGAGCAAUCUCUUACUUUACGCUCAACAGAUAGCAUCAAAAUACAAGGAACAAAUCAAGAAAUACGCAUAUAUAAAACCCAUUUUGUUUCUCCUCACUUUGUAUUAGCAGCUGGUGAAUUUGCAAGAUUUAGAGCUGAACUUAACAGAAAAAUGGCGAAGAAUCCAGUCCGUGUUCUGGUUACUGGAGCUGCAGGCCAAAUAGGCUAUGCAUUGGUGCCUAUGGUUGCCAGAGGCAUAAUGUUAGGUGCAGAUCAGCCUGUUAUUUUGCAUAUGUUGGAUAUUCCACCAGCAGCAGAGUCUCUCAAUGGAGUGAAAAUGGAGUUGAUUGAUGCUGCCUUCCCUCUUUUGAAAGGUGUUGUUGCCACUACGGAUGUUGUUGAAGCAUGCACUGGUGUGAACAUAGCUGUCAUGGUUGGUGGAUUCCCAAGGAAAGAGGGAAUGGAAAGGAAAGAUGUUAUGUCCAAAAAUGUAUCCAUCUAUAAGUCACAGGCCUCAGCACUGGAACAACAUGCUGCUCCAGACUGCAAGGUCUUAGUGGUGGCCAACCCAGCAAAUACCAAUGCACUGAUCUUGAAAGAGUUUGCUCCGUCCAUCCCAGAGAAGAAUAUUUCAUGCUUGACAAGACUUGAUCACAAUAGGGCUCUUGGACAAGUUUCAGAGAGGCUGAAGGUGCCCGUUAGUAAUGUGAAGAAUGUUAUUAUUUGGGGAAAUCACUCUUCAAGUCAGUAUCCUGAUGUCAACCAUGCAGUUGUUGAAACUACAACUGGAGAGAAACCAGUGCGACAACUUGUUGCUGAUGAUGCAUGGUUGAAUGGGGAAUUUAUUACAACUGUCCAGCAGCGUGGAGCUGCAAUUAUCAAGGCACGGAAGCUCUCUAGUGCAUUGUCUGCUGCUAGUGCUGCAUGUGAUCAUAUACGUGAUUGGGUUCUUGGUACACCUAAGGGUACAUGGGUUUCCAUGGGAGUAUAUUCAGAUGGUUCUUAUGAUGUUCCAUCUGGUCUUAUCUUUUCAUACCCUGUUACCUGUGAAAAUGGAAAGUGGUCCAUCGUACAAGGGCUUCAUAUUGACGAGUUUUCGAGGAAAAAGUUGGAUGCCACUGCAAAUGAACUUGUUGAGGAAAAAGCUUUGGCCUAUUCAUGCUUAAAUUGAUAAAUGCUCCUUAUGUUGACUUGUUACUGCUAAAUGAUCAGAAUAAAUAAGAUGCAUAGGAUGACAAAGUAUUUACCGAAUCAGUGAAUACUAGAAACUGAACAACUUUUUCUUACACAAAUUACCAGCAAACUUGUUUACAGGCGAGGAAUAUCAUCGAAAUUUUCUAGUGGCUCUA